AUGGCCUCCUCCGCCCUCCACGGCCUCUUCGACAUCCAACACUCCUCCUCCACCACUUCUUCCCCAUCAGUCACCAGUCCCCCUGCUACCCAUCAAAAAUCCAACCCCUCCGUGAGCAUAAAAGAAACCCCUUCCAACAUUGAGCUCGAUGACCUCAACUUCGGAGAACGCUACAAUGGCCCCUCGACCGCAUCCCAAACCCCCAAAGGAUCCUCAGGCGCAGGCUUCUUCUCCGGCGCCCAAACGCCAAAGACGCCGUACGAGCUGGAGAACAGCCGCCCUGGCUCGCGGACAGGGCAUGAAGCCGUACCGCUGAUGCAGACGUGGAGUAAUCCGCCGAUGAACAAAUGGAGGAUCCUAUGCUGUUGUUUGAUUUAUUUUGGGAAUGGGAUGAAUGACUCUGUCGUUGGUGCCUUGAUCCCCUACAUGGAAGAAUACUACCACAUCGGGUACGCCAUCAUGUCCAUGGUCUUCGUCGGCAACGCAGCGGGCUUCAUUAUCGCGGCGUUCUUCUGUAACACGAUACUGGGCAAACUUGGGCGCGCGAGGACGCUUAUCUUCUCUGAGAUCAUUCUGCUGGCUGCGUACGUGAUGCUCGUCGCCACCCCACCGUAUGCCGCAGUGGUGGUGUCUUUCUUCCUCCUAGGCUACGGCGCCGCGACGUCGCUUGCACUUAACAAUGUCUUCUGCGCAAACCUGCACCCACCCAGCGCAAUCCUCGGCGCCGCCCACGGAAGUUACGGGUUAGGUGGUAUCGUAGCACCUAUCAUAGGUACGGCGAUGGCCUCACGAGGCAUCCUCUGGUCGCGGUUCUACUUCAUCUGCGUCGGCCUCCGGAUAUGCUGCAUGCUAUUCGCCGGCUGGGCCUUCUGGUCCUACCGCGAAGACCAACCGCAAACACUCCUUUCGUCCCUCCAGCGCACUGCUAGCCAGCAAGCUGCCCCCGAAUCGGCUGAAUCCAAGUCCAAGAACUUGAAAUUGGCGCUCAAGAACCGUGUCACCAUCUUUGGCGCGCUCUUCAUCUUUGCGUACCAGGGCGCCGAGGUGAGUAUCUCGGGCUGGGUCAUUUCCUUCUUGAUCAACUACCGUGGUGGCGAUCCGAGUAGAGUCGGAUACGUAACAGCAGGUUUCUGGGGAGGUAUAACCCUUGGUCGCUUCGUCCUCACGCACCUCGCACCUCGCAUCGGCGAGAAAACAUUCGUGACUGCGCUCACUAUCGGUACCGCGGGCCUGCAGCUUCUCGUCUGGCUCGUUCCAAACGUCAUCGGAGACGCGGUGGCUGUCUCUUUACUGGGCUUACUUCUUGGGCCAGUGUAUCCCUGCGCGCAGACUAUCUUUAGUCGGUUGAUGCCGAAGCAUGUGCAGACGACGGCGAUUGGGUUUAUAGGUGGUGCGGGCAGUAGUGGUGGUGCAGUGGCGCCGUUUACUACGGGUAUCCUGGCGCAGGCGGCAGGGACGUGGGUGCUGCAUCCGGUGUGUAUUGGGUUGUAUGGGGCGAUGAUGGUGUUUUGGUGGAGUUUGCCGAGGGUGAGUAAGAGGAAGGAGUGA